GGGCGGGGCUGCACGGAGCUCACACACUAGCACUGGGCGCUGCCGGACUGAUACUGUACCUGUGCUGGGCAGUAACAUGGAAGCGCAGCCUGUACUUGUUUUGCCAGCAGGAAGCCUCUGCCAUACAGGAGCUGUUAUAUCGUUAAUGUGUCCUCCAAACAUUUCCCAAGCAUGGUGCCAGAUCUUGAACAUUUCCCAGGACCCGUUAUCCUACAUGCCAUUUCCAAGAGACACAAGAGAAUCCUCCAACGGAACAGAUUUAAGUGUUGCAAAGACUUUAGGAGCCAAGUAUAAUCUCUACAUAGGCCUUAUACUGGCGAUAAGUUCCAGCCUUUUCAUUGGCUCAAGUUUUAUCAUGAAAAAGAAGGGUCUUUUACGGCUGGCGGAUAAAGGGAGCACCAGAGCUGGACAAGGUGGAUUCUCAUACCUCAAGGAAUGGCUCUGGUGGGCAGGAUUGCUCUCAAUGGGAGCGGGAGAAGCCGCCAACUUUGCUGCCUAUGCAUUUGCUCCAGCGACAAUGGUUACUCCUCUUGGUGCACUCAGUGUACUAGUAUGUGCUGUACUGUCAUCACAUUUCCUUAAUGAGAAGCUGAACAUGCACGGGAAACUGGGUUGCCUGCUGUGUAUUUUGGGCUCCACAAUGAUGGUGAUCCACGCUCCAAAUGAAGAGGAAGUCACCUCUCUGCAUGACAUGGAAAUGAAGUUAAGAGAUCCAGGGUUCAUCACAUAUGCCAGUCUGGUUGUUGUGGUCGCUUUGUUGCUCAUUUUCUUCGUUGCCCCUAGCAAGGGUCAGUCCAACAUUCUGGUCUACAUCUCCAUCUGCUCCAUCAUUGGUGCUUUUUCUGUAUCAUCAGUGAAAGGCCUGGGGAUCGCCAUCCAUGACUUUAUAGAAAGAAAACCUGUUUACAAAGACCCAUUCUUCUACAUCUUGUUGGUGGUCCUGGUCGUGUCUGUGGGGACGCAGAUCAAUUACCUGAACAAAGCCCUGGAUGUGUUCAACACGUCCAUCGUGAUGCCUAUCUAUUACGUGUUUUUCACCACCAUGGUGGUGACCUGUUCUGUUAUCCUGUUUAAGGAGUGGAACAGCAUGGACGCCAGUGAUAUGAUCGGGACCCUGAGUGGAUUCCUAACCAUCAUCAUAGGCAUUUUCCUGCUGCAUGCUUUCAAGAACACCAAUAUCACCUGGAGCCAGAUCACCUCAAGCAUGCAGAAAGAGAAGCUCAAUCAGGCCAAUGGGCAGGAGGAUCAGCACAGUUUGCUUGGGAACGCAGAACAUUCUUUAUUGGGGUACGAGGAAGAGAACACAGCUCAGCAUCACUAACACAAAUACAUUGUUCCAAGACGGAACAUCCGAGAUCUGUAUUUAACCUUAUUAGUGUUGAUAUCAUUGCUUUACUACAUAUAGUAUUGCAGUGUGAGACCCGCCAGCUUGCACCCAAAAUGAUUGUAAGCAAUGUAAAUACGUAAAACACAGAGACAGAUUUUUUUUAUUUAACGGAUGGAAUUUUUUUAUUUGGAAUUAUUUUUUUAUUUAGGGGAAAUAUUUUACAAUGACCGAGUAGCAAAUGAAAAGUACACCUUAUUUAUAAGCAGAAUGUAUCUCACUUUUCCUUUUCUACAGCAAAAGCACAUAUUGAAGCUUCAUGUUUGGAAAGAACACUUCUACCUUGUAUAAUUACUCAUUUAUAUAUGAGGGAAUCCGCCAUAUAUUGUACCUUUUCCCUAGACAACAUUAAACAGCACUUCUAGUGGUUAUGAAAUGAUGGUGCUGUUUGCAGUCUAUGGAUAAUGCCUCUAGUGAGGUUCAAAUAUGGCAGCUUUCAUUAUUAUUUAAUACAAAUUAUCCCCCCAUACUUCACUUGUGUACUGUAUAAAUAUUUGUAAGCAUGGGGUAUUUUCUUGUUUUUGUUUUUUGGGGGGUUUUCAGUGUGGUUGUGCCCAAAGCAAGUUUGCAGAUUGUAUUAUCAGACAUACAGUACAGAUGUCAUUUUUUUACAUGCAGGGCAGGGUACAAAGUCCGUGUUUUUGAAAAAUUGUUACCUACACCCCCUCCAUAAAUACAGGCUUGCUUAAUUCAGCUGCACUGUAUUUAUGAGCAGCGGGUGGGGUGGUACCUAACUUAAAUAACAUUCAGAUACUCAAGUUAAGGAGUAUAGGCGCCAAUUAUGGCAGGUAGUUAAGGACAGAGCUGCUUUGCAGAGCGCAGACAGACCCCAGACUUUUAGAAUGAGCUUGUUUCAUCCAGGGAAAUUGUUAAUUACCCCUAUAUGUGUUUAUAGUUAAGGCAUGCAUUAGCUCCUACACUGACGCACGCUUUUCUCAUAUUAUAUAAUGUUGGUUUGUGGCUGCUUAUAGAUCUAUAUUUGUUGUUGUUGUUAAUUCCAGGGGGUGCACGUUAUGUGCCAUAGACUUCCUCUUUCCAUAAAGAGCGCAGCAGAUAUUGCAUUCCCCACAGGAAACUGACUGUCAGUGCAAGUUUUAUCCUUGAAGCAACACAUGGUAUUAAGCCAGAAUUACCUCACCAACACCACCUUUAUAGAUCCAAUGGAACCGUUUAGAAAAUAUCCUAAAAUGGCUUGUACUCCUGUGUGAGGAGCUAAGCAGGGCAUCCCAGGCACUAGGAACCAACUACCUCUAUAAAAUGUACACAUGACUAAUGCAGUUAGGCCCGGACUGGCAAUCUGGGAGUUCUGGCAAAUGCCAGAGGGGCUGCUAUAAGGUCCCAUAGAAAGUCAGUAUUUAGUGGGCUGCUGUGGACUGUUUGGGCCUCUAUGCGGGGUGUUUGGGCCUCUGUGUACCUGAAAUGCCAGGGCCUAUUUUUAUUCUCAGUCCGGACCUGUGCAGAGCUGUCAACUUUCCCUAUUAAAUCAGGAGUUACAAGAUUUAACACUGUGUCCCCAGGUCUCCCUUCUUUUACACGCAUUCCCUCCUGAUUUCUGAUGAGUGCAGGCAAAAAUCCGAUGUGCACAUGCGCAGACUACUUUAGUGACAUCAGCAGUUUCUGCGGCUUCAGGAGAGGCUCUGCGCAUGCGCGUGAUGUUGCUUCCUGGAAAUUUUUGGUGGCGUCCUUUCCCCCCGGAGAUCGUUUCUCAAAAGCUGACAGCUCUGCUAAUGUAUUUCUCUUAUUGUAUUUUCAAUUUUCUGUCUAGGAUUGGUCAGCUUAUAUUUAGAGUAUGUGAUCAUGUUUUCAAUCAGAAAUGUAUUCAUUGAUAAAGAUGAAAAUGAUUGUAUCCAAUUUUUAUGUCUAUUUAUCUGUUGUGGGUAAGUGUAGGUGUUGGGAAGCAAAGUUGUAACAUUAGUUAUGGAUGCAACGCAAGUACAAAGUGGCAAAGCACAUGGUAUUUUGUAUAUGUUAAUACGCUAUUCACAAAGGUUCUCUUCUCUAUGCUUGGGACUGCAGGGCAGAAAGAUGCAGAGGAGCCAAGGCAUGAACAACUGUCUAAAGGUGGCCAUAGACGCAGAGAUCCGCUCAUUUGGCGGAUGUCGCCAAACGAGCGGAUCUCUCCCCGAUAUGCCCAUAUUGAAGUGGGCGAUAUCAGGCUAAUCCGAUCUGAGGAAGUGCGUGUCUGAAAGGGCACGAAACGCGUCAGUGGUGUGUUAAGUAAACUGUGCCAAUGCUGACAACUUUUAACCUAUGAAUUAAUAAAAGAUGUGAAUAUUUUUAACAUAUCCAGAAUGAAAUGUGUCCUUAAUUGAAGUCCAUGCAGUGAGAGAGUUCAUCCGAUCGUGAGCCCUAGGGCCCAACGAUCAGAUCAGAAUGCAUUUGAAACGGUCAGUCGGAUCGACCGCAUACAUGCAUAGAUGCGGCCGCGAACCGACAAUAUUUUUUACCCUGCCCGAUCGAGAUGAUAUCGAUCGGGGAAGCCCAUCAGAUAGCCUAACACACGGGCCGAUAAUUUGGCUCGAGUACAAGGUAUUUUUUUAUUAUUACAGAGGAAAAAAAUCGUAAUUAUUUGGAUAAAAUGGAGUCUAUGUGAAAUGGUCUUUCUGUAAUUCAGAGCUUUCUGGAUAAUGUAUCCCCUACCUGUACCACUGAUACCCUACAAGUAUAUGCAGCCUAAAACCCUCCAGAAACAGAAUUCUGCUUGAUGUUUAUGUUGCACCGUAAGCCUUAACUGGGCAAACCAAGGUAUUGAAUGCAGACAAGAAUCACAGCUGUUUGCAUUACAACCAUCGUAAAUUGUAAAUACAUUUAUGAUGUUUGGAUUAUGUACUGUAUUCUGUACAAAUGUUUAUCCUAUGACUUUUAUGGAGCAGUAUAACUAAAGUCGUAAGUGGAAAACUAUGCACAAUGCAAAUUAAUUUUUCUUUCCCCGUUUUAAGAAUACAGAAGUAUCUAGCUGUCCUUUGGACUUUUAUUACAUUUCCCCAUUAGAUUACACAGUGUAAAUAAUCUUUGCCCAUGUUUUGUAGAAUUUGUGUGUACAGUUCUGUUCCCCUGAAACAACAGAUUAGGAGAGUAUAUAUUUUUGUACUGUGUCCUAUUUCUCUCUAUAAAUAUGUUUUAUACUGUGAAAACCCUGCAGUUAGACAUUGUUGCUUUAUGGAUAAAGUUAUAUCCCACAGACCCUAUUUGAAUUAGGGACUGUGAAAGUAUUGCAAAAAAUUGGCAAUAAAUAUUAUUUGUAUAAA